AUGCCUACCUUUGCUGAGGUAGAUAAGGUCGGCUUCACAUGUAAGUAUCGACCGAUCACCAAGCCCAAAAUUAAGGAAAUUGUUGCAUCCCUGUCAUCCGCAAAUUUUCGCUCGCCAGUUCAUAGGAUUAGCACUAAAUACCUUAACAAAACACAACUGUCUCUGUUUUUUUUUAAUUAUUAUUUCUCUGACAGUGGGAUACCUGGGAAGAAGUGUGGCUCCAUUGUCUUCACAGCCGAGGAGCUCAGCAACUGCAGGGACAUAGCUACCAUGCAGUUCUGUGCCAACAAGCUGGAUAAAAAGGAUUUCUUUGGCAAGUCCGAUCCUUUCCUUGUCUUCUAUCGGAGCAAUGAAGAUGGAACGUUCACAAUUUGCCACAAGACUGAGGUGAUCAAGAACAAUUUGAACCCUGUCUGGCAGUCAUUCACCAUCCCUGUUCGAGCUCUUUGUAAUGGUGACUACGACAGGACAGUGAAGGUGGACGUUUAUGACUGGGACAGAGAUGGGAGUCAUGACUUCAUCGGAGAGUUUACCACCAGCUACAGGGAACUGUCCAGAGGCCAAAGCCAGUUCAAUGUCUAUGAGGUUUUGAAUCCUAAAAAGAAAGGAAAAAAGAAGAAAUAUGUCAAUUCAGGGACGGUGACUCUCCUGUCUUUUAAAGUGGAGUCGGAACACACAUUUGUCGACUACAUCAGAGGAGGGACACAACUGAAUUUCACUGUGGCAAUAGACUUCACUGCGUCUAAUGGAAAUCCAUCCCAGCCCACUUCUCUGCACUACAUGAGUCCAUACCAGAUGAAUGCGUAUGCCAUGGCCCUGAAGGCUGUGGGGGAGAUCAUUCAGGAUUACGACAGUGACAAGCUCUUCCCUGCAUACGGCUUUGGGGCUAAACUACCUCCAGAUGGCAAGAUCUCCCAUGGCUUCCCACUGAAUUCUAACACAGAAAAUCCAAACUGCGUGGGGAUCGAAGGCGUGCUGGAGGCUUACUUCCAAACCCUGCGGACCGUCCAGCUGUACGGCCCGACCAACUUCGCUCCGGUCAUUAACCAGGUGGCUCGGUGUGCCGCAGAAGUGACGGAUGGCUCACAGUACUUUGUGUUGCUGAUGAUCACAGAUGGCGUCAUCUCAGACAUGGCCCAAACUAAAGAGGCGGUUGUCAAUGCAGCGUCGUUGCCCAUGUCUCUCAUCAUCGUUGGAGUGGGCCCUGCUGAGUUCGACGCGAUGGAGGAGCUGGACGGGGACGAAGUCAGAGUUUCCUCCAGGGGACGAUUCGCCGAGAGAGACAUCGUCCAGUUUGUUCCUUUCCGGGACUACAUCGAUCGGUCGGGUAACCAGGUCCUGAGCAUGGCCCGGCUGGCCAAGGACGUCCUGGCAGAAAUCCCCGAUCAGCUGAUGUCUUACAUGAAGAGCCGAGGGAUAGAAGCACGACCUCCGCAGCCCGCCACCUCUGACUCCACCUCUGACUCCACCUCUGACCCCACCAGCACUGGAAACGCAAAGCAGAGCAACACUCGUCCCUGACUAAGGGCAACAAGCAGUGAAGAGCAGAAGUUAGCUUGAGCAAAUGGCCAUGUGUAUAUGUGUGUGUGUGUGUGUCCCCUUCUGCGUGUAUGUGUGAGUGUGUAAGGUGUGUAACUUCAGGGUUGGUUGGCAUAAACCAAAUCAGUAAACUGAGCCUAAAAGAGA